GAAAAGAAAGCAUUAGAAAUUAAUUAUACAUUGGCAUAAACUUUCAUAUGCUGAUCAUUUAUAACCCUUCAAUAUGCCAAAAUACAACACACAACAAUACUACUACAAAUACACAACAAUACAAAUACAACACUAAGCUGUCAUAAAAAAUUUAGAAAAAAGAAGAUGCCAAUAAAAAUCCUGUAGUUAUGUCAGGGGCGGCUUUUGUCACUUGACAAGGAGGAGGCUAAAAAGGUCUUUAAAAAAAAGUUUGAAAAUGAGUAUUGUUAUAAAAAAUCUACAGAAAGCUGCUAUAAUUAACACAUGGCAAGUUCGAAAAGAUUUAAUUACACUUCGAAAUAUAAUGGGUCUUCAGUCAUUUGAUGUUGGUCUAUUAUUUCUUUCAAAAAACAAAAUGCGUGAACUAAAUUAUGCACAUAGAAAAAUUGAUGAAGCAACAGAUAUACUUUCUUUUCCUUUUCAUCAAUCUUUAACAAAUGCAGAUAUUUCAAAAAUGAAUUUAGAAGAAAAGAACUUGGGAGAUAUAUUUUUAUGUCCACAGUUAAUACGUCGGAAAUAUGAUGUUCAUGACUUUGAAUUACGUUCAGUGUUUGUCCCUCUUUUAACACAUGGUCUUGUUCAUUUGUGUGGUUAUGCACACGAAACAGAAGAGCAGUAUGAAUUAAUGCAUGCAAAAGAACUUGAGAUUUUAAAAAGAUUUGAGAAAUAUUCUGGCAAACAAUUUUUACCAUUAUAAAUACUUAAAAAAUAGUUUAGUAUCAUAAUAUAAUGUUUAAAAUUAUAAAACCAAUUUAAUAAUUAA